AUGACCCUGCCCGGGGGCCCGACGGGCAUGGCGCGGCCAGGAGGCGCGGUGCCCUGCAGCCCUGGGCUGGAGCGGGCCCCGCGCCGAAGCGUCGGGGAGCUGCGCCUGCUUUUCGAGGCGCGCUGCGCUGCGGUCGCUGCUGCCGCCGCCGCCGGGCAGCCCCGGGCUCGCGGGGCCAAGCGGCGCGGGGGACAGGUCCCCAACGGGCUUCCGCGGGCUCCCCCUGCCCCAGUGAUCCCGCAGCUGACUGUGACUGCCGAGGAGCCGGACGUGCCCCCGGCCAGCCCCGGGCCGCCCGAGCCGGAGGGUAACUGGCUCCCGGCCGUGGGUUCGUCGCACCUGCAGCAGCCGCGCCGCCUCUCCACCUCGUCGCUCUCCUCCACUGGCUCCUCGUCGCUGCCCGAGGACUCGGAGGACGAUCUUCUGAGCGACAGCGAGAGCCGGAGCCGCGGCAACGUGCAGCUGGAAGCGGGCGAGGACGUGGGUCAGAAAAGCCACUGGCAGAAGAUCCGGACCAUGGUGAACCUGCCGGUCAUGAGCCCUUUCAAGAAGCGCUACGCCUGGGUGCAGCUGGCAGGGCACACGGGGAGUUUCAAGGCAGCGGGCACCAGCGGACUGAUCCUCAAGCGCAGCUCAGAGCCGGAGCGCUACUGCUUGGCGCGGCUCAUGGCGGAUGCGCUACGCGGCUGCGUGCCCGCCUUCCACGGCGUGGUGGAACGCGACGGCGAGAGCUACCUGCAGCUGCAGGACUUGCUCGACGGCUUCGAUGGGCCCUGUGUACUAGACUGCAAGAUGGGCGUCAGGACUUACCUGGAAGAGGAGCUGACCAAAGCCCGCGAGCGGCCCAAGCUGCGGAAGGACAUGUACAAGAAGAUGCUCGCGGUAGACCCUGAGGCACCCACCGAGGAGGAGCAUGCGCAGCGCGCGGUCACCAAGCCGCGCUACAUGCAGUGGCGAGAAGGCAUCAGCUCCAGCACCACUCUCGGCUUCCGCAUCGAGGGCAUCAAGAAAGCCGACGGCUCCUGCAGCACCGACUUCAAGACCACGCGAAGCCGGGAGCAGGUGAUCCGAGUCUUUGAGGAAUUUGUGCAAGGGGAUGCAGAAGUGCUGAGGAGGUAUCUGAACCGCCUGCAGCAGAUCCGGGACACUCUGGAAGUCUCUGAGUUCUUUAGGAGGCAUGAGGUGAUCGGCAGCUCGCUCCUCUUCGUGCAUGAUCACUGCCAUCGCGCUGGCGUGUGGCUCAUCGAUUUUGGCAAGACCACGCCUCUCCCUGACGGCCAGACCCUGGACCACCGGCGGCCCUGGGAAGAGGGCAACCGAGAGGACGGCUACUUGCUGGGGCUGGACAAUCUCAUUGGCAUCCUGGCCAGCCUAGCCGAGAGAUGA